GAGAGAGACCGUUGGUCUACACCCCGCCCUCGCCUCCCAAAGAGGCCCAGCUCUCUCUAGAGCAUUCCGCAUUGCGAGAUAUCUUCUCCUUCCCCAUCCUCCUCCUCUUCCGCUGCCCGUGCCAGUCCGCCGAUGACCGCACGGGCUACGCCGCGGCUGCUCCCGCCCCGGUCCCCGGCGCGUACGCCUGCAAGGCCGCCGCUACGAUCUCCUCCCUUCCCCACCGCCCGCCAUCCCUCCUCGCCACCGGCAGCCGCCGCUGCCGCCAAUUCGCCUUCCCGCCGCGAGGAGGAUACCUUAUAAGGUGAGUUAGACUGCUACCCACUGAUAUCUCAGCCCCGGAACUCUGAUGCGGUGGAUUAGAUGGUCGUGCCACCCACGCGUAGACGCCGGCAGUCCAGGAGAGAAUGCAGACUAUUGGCGACGAGGGUGUAACGACGGCAAUGGAAUCCGGUUUCUGGCUUAGAUUUGAUUUGCGCUGUCCAAUUGAGCUUGAUCCAGUGAUCCUGUGCUGGGAAGCAGUUGCAUUCGGCCUUUAUGUUUUUUCGUUCAAGCGGAAUGGGAACUGAAAUUCGAUCUCCACGAUUUGAAAUGGGGCCACAUCAAACCUUGCUCUGGCGCUGCAUGAGGACGACGCUGCUAUUCCCAAGUCCAUCUCCCUCUUUGCCUCCCGCCUCUCCAACCACAGGUACGCCCGGGCCGAUCAGCUGCCACGGGCUUAUAUAACUUUCCACUCCAUCUUCCGUCUCCAUCUCUGCACUGUAGGUUUGGGGAUGAGGAGCUCCGGGUGCUGGAGGCCGCGCUCUCCGCCGGGUUGACGUCCCUCGCACUGCUCGAGACACGCUGGCAGCCCGGAGUCUGCUGCGAGCGCGCGCGGCGGAGGAUACGUCGUGGUGACUGCUUAAGGGGCAGCAAGACGGGUACUAUGUCGUGGUGGGCGGCAUGCCGGCAUCACGCCGACGCCACUCGGGGAGGGCAAGUCGACCACCACCGUCGGCCUGUGCCAGGCUCUGGGGGCGUUCCUUGAUAAAACAGGUUAUCACUGGCCUCCGUCACCCAUUGCAACGGCCUACCUUUGGAAUCAAGGGAGGUGCAGCUGGAGGUGGCUACAGCCAAGUUAUACCCAUGGAUGAGUUCAAUCUUCAUCUGACUGGCGAUAUCCAUGCAAUUACAGCUGCAAACAAUCUUCUGGCUGCUGCUAUUGAUACAAGGAUCUUCCAUGAAAAUUCUCAGUCAGACAAAGCACUGUUCAACAGGUUGUGUCCACCAAACAAAGAAGGCAAGAGGCGCUUUGCUGAUGUAAUGCUCACUCGCUCAGAUGUCUGAUGAAGCUUGGCAUUUCAAAGACAGACCCUAAUGAGCUUACACCAGAUGAAUUUAGACGUUUUGCAAGGCUCGAAAUUGACCCUGAGUUCAUUACAUGGUCAUUGCAUAGCAUAACUUUAUCGGAAAUUGUCGACGAUUAUCGACCACUCGAUUGGCAUGCUAAUAAGAUUGCUUUAAAGUUGGUUGGAAAGGGCGGCUUUGUUGUUACAGAGUCAGGUUUUGGUGCUGAUAUUGGAACUGAGAAGUUCAUGGAUAUAUAGUGUAGGUAUAGUGGAUUGGUGCCACAAUCUGCUAUUAUUGUGGCCACAAUUAGAGCUCUUAAAAUGCAUUGAGGGGGCCCAGAGGUUGUGGCUGGAAAACCUCUAGAUCAUGCAUAUGUGAGUGAAAAUGUGGCCCUUGUUGAAGCUGGAUUUGUCAAUCUUGCUAAACAUAUAUCAAACACUAGGAGUAUUUUGUAGUAUAGUUAACAGUUGCUGUCCAUAGCUCCAGCUAUUAAGAAUAACUUUCAGGUGAUGAUCCACUAUAUAUUUUGAUUGAAUAUUGUUUGUUGCUC